AUGGAGAUUUUCAAGAAAUUGGAGAUUAACAUACCUUUCUCCGAAGCUCUACAACAAAUGUCCUCAUAUGCUAAAUUUCUGAAGGAGUUCCUCACUAAGAAAAGGAAGUACAUUGAAGAGAAAACCAUUGAAGUUCAAGGAAACUACAGUGCUAUCAUACAAAAGCUUUUACCUCCCAAGUUGAAAGAUCCAGGAAGCUUCACUAUUCCUUGCACUAUAGGGAAUGUCUUUGUUGGAAAAGCACUAAUUGAUUUGGGAGCCAAUAUCAAUCUCAUGUUGCUCUCCAUGUUUGAAAAGAUUGAAGGUUUGGAACUCAAGCCUACUCGGAUGACUCUCCAACAAGCAGAUAGAUCUCUGAAAUAUCCUUGUGGGGUAGCUGAAGAUGUGCUUGUAAAGGUAGAAAUAUUUAUGUUUCCUGUGGACUUUGUUAUCUUGGAGAUGGAGGACGAUGUAAAUGUGUCUUUUAUUCUUGGGAGACCUUUUAUGAAGACUGCAAGAGUGUUGAUUGAUGUGGAAAACGGUAAACUGAAGGUGAGAGUGCAAGAUGAAGAAGUAAAUUUUGAUGUUUUUGAAGCCAUGUCUUACCCAAAGGAUGACAAGGAGUGUUUCCAUCUUGACACUCUUGAUGAAAUUUGCAUGAUAGAAAAAAAAAAGCAAGUGAUACUUUUCUUUUCGAGGAGAUACUAG